AAAUUCGAGUUAAGUAAUAAAAGUGAAGGAUAUGAAUUUUAUAUUUUUGUUAAUUUUAUCGAUGAUGUGGGAAAUCAAUUGCUCGGGUCCACAGAUCGACAUCACAUGGAGAACAAAGACUACGAACCCCAAACUAAAUGGAAGCAUAUACCAGUUUCACGAAAACGAGACGGUUACAAUGGACUGUGUUUUGUACUGCACCGCAUGCCCCGUUGAAACGAAAUACACCCUACAUUUUUAUUUACAUGAAAACGAGGAUAAGAUGGAAAGAGUGAUUGUAAAAAACGGUACACCCGCAAUCAUAUCAAAAACCUUCACACUACAUGAAAACGACACAGAGAUAAUAUGCGAGAAGGUUGGACACUUCAGCAUUGAGACAGCGACGAUUGAUUCCACGGUGACAGUUCAAGUGAUAAGAAAAGAGAACGUGAAUAAUGAGCCAAGUCAUUUUCAAUAUCUGGCAAUCAUUGUAUGCAUCCUGGUUGUAGCCCUAAUACUUGCGGCUGUAUUUGCGUAUAUUGUUUUCAAGUAUAAAGGAAAAGGGUAUAAAAAAGACGAAGACAUAAUGAAUCUACCACCGAAGCGAUCGGAAAACUUUUAUCAGAUGGGAGGAUGUAAACCAACCGACACUAUGAAAAACCGACCACUUCCUACACCGCCAUCUAAUGAGUAUAAAAUGUAAUGCCGAUUGAAGCAGGCGGUUUUUACGUAUCGUAUCUAAAACAGGAAUAUUUGUAAAUUAAGAAGGAUUAAUACUUAUUUAAAGUCGAACGCGAUUAAUCAACAUUAUUUUACCUUUUUUCCAACGUUUCGGCCAGUUUGCAAACUGGCCGUGGUCGCGGAAGACUGACGUCCCAGCAAAGUGUCACCGGAGAUGAAAACACCACAAAACUACCCGAUAUUAGUUAAUAUAAAUGUUCGGGUAGACAAAUAAAUAUAAUGUACCCGCUUUUAGUUAAGGUUUAUUUCCCACGUCACAACACACAGCACUCACAACAUCCGCGCACUGGUCCGAAGAUAGAUCUUUUGGUUUGAACAUUUGAAUCACUGGUCCCCA